UGUUCUUCCCCCUUUUUUUUUUCUUUCUUUCAUUCACCUCCUCUUCUUCUUCUUUUUUUAUACAAUCAUGGCAACUGAUGAUGUGGCUGUUUUGGUCAGUGAUCUGUUGAAACAACUUAAUACAGCACCUACUAGUGAAGAAGUAGAUCAAGCAGCUCGUGAACUUGCAAAAGAAGUUAAAAGUCGUGGUAUUAUCAUGUUAAAACAUCAUAAUAUUUUACAAAAGUUGGAAACUAGUGCUAAGAACAAGAAAUCUGGUAUGGAAAGAGAAAGUGGACUUAUUGGUUUUAAUGCUAUGGCUGAAGUGGUGAAGGAUCCUAUUGAACCUAUCAUUUUGAACUAUUUGGUCUUAUUUUUGGAUCUUUAUGCUGAUAAGGGUCAAGUAGUGCAAGAAGCUGCUGAACAAGCCUCAAGAACUUUAGUUGAUCUUGCUCCUCCUGAAGCUGCUCAUUUACUUCUUCCUCUAUUAUAUGAAGGUAUGGGUACUAUUCUCUCUGCUCAAGGUGAAAAGUCUAAUGUAUCCAAGAAAUGGCAAACCAAAGUCGGUGCUCUCAAGUUAUUGAAACGAUUUACCGAAAGAGCUCCUGAACAAGUCGGGGAACUUUUACCUGAAAUUAUUCCUGUCGUUUCUAAUUGUUUGGCUGAUACUAAGAAUGAAGUCGCUUCGGAAGCUCAACGUACUAUGCGUGCUGUCUGUUCUGUUGGUGGCAAUCCUGAUAUUGAACGUCAUAUUAAGGAUUUAGUUCUUUGUAUGGGUGAUCCUACUCAUGUACCUGCUACUAUUGAAAAAUUGGCAAGUACUACCUUUGUUGCUGAAGUCAAUGGUCCUACUUUAGCUAUUAUGGUCCCUUUGUUAACUCGUGCUCUGAAUGAACGAUCUACUUUGUUAUUACGUCAAACUGUUAUUAUUAUCGACAAUCUUUGUAAACUUGUCCGUGAUCCUCGUACUGCUGCUCAAUUCUUACCUCAGUUAUACCCUGGUGUUGAUCGUCAAGCUGAAGGCGCUGCAUUCCCUGAAAUUCGUGCAUUGGCUGGAAAAGCAAAACAAACCUUGAUUGAUGCUGGUGGUCAUUUGGAAAAAGAUGAACAAGACAAACAAUUAUCUUUACUUGGUUUGGAUGAAACGAUAAAUACGGUUAAAACUCAAGUCAAAAAAGUACAAUUCUUUUUGGAUUCAUUCUACAAUCCUGUCUUGGAUUUCAUUGCCGUCCUUUGUGUUGAUUUUGUUCGUCAAGAAAUGUUUACUUUGGAAAAAUGGAUCAAGAUCUUAUCUCCUUAUUUGAAUUCCUUUUUAAUUGCUUCAGAUGUCCCUGGUGUGUGCACUGCUUUACAUGAACAACUACAUACAAUUUGGAAAGAACGUAGUGGUGCUACUGAUGAUGAUGAUGCUUAUGAUCAUCAAGAAGGAGAAGAAAUUUGUCGUGUAGAUGAUUUCUCUUUAGCUUAUGGUACUCGUCUUUUACUCAAUCACACCAAACUCAAAUUACAUCGUGGUCAACGUUAUGGUUUAUGUGGUACAAAUGGUGCUGGUAAAUCUACUCUUAUGCGAUCUAUUCAUCAAGGAAAAGUAGAAGGUUUCCCCUCUCAAGAUCAAGUCCGAACUGCUUUUGUAGAUUAUACUGUACAAGGUGCUGAUACUUCUUUGAAUGUGGUGGACUAUGUUGCUGCUGAUCAUCAUUUAAAAAAUAUCCCAAGAGAAGAAAUUGAAGAAUCUCUCCGAUCAGUUGGUUUUGAUGAUGCUCGUUUGUCUCAUGCUGUCAAUACAUUCUCUGGUGGUUGGAAAAUGAAGGUGGAAUUGGCUCGUGCUAUGCUUACUAAGGCUGAUAUCUUGUUACUUGAUGAACCUACCAAUCACUUGGAUGUCCAUAAUAUCAAAUGGUUAGAAGAUUACCUCAAUAGUCAAACUCAUGUUACCUGUCUUAUUGUUUCUCACGAUUCUGGAUUCUUGGACAAUGUUUGUACUCAAAUUUUGCAUUAUGAAAAGAAGAAAUUACGUUUAUACUCUGGCAACCUCUCAAAGUUUGUUGAAGCUUAUCCAGCAGCACGUACUUACUAUACCCUUGAUGCCUCUACCGUUGAAUUCUCUUUUCCUAAACCUUCCGUUUUAUCAGGAGUCCGAAGCAAUACCAAAGCUAUUUUGAAAAUCACUGAUUGUACCUAUACCUAUGCUGGUGCAUCUCGUCCUUCGUUAUUCAAUGCUUCCGCCUCUUUAUCUCUUUCUUCUCGUGUGGCUGUAGUGGGUCCAAACGGUGCAGGUAAAACAACUAUGAUCAAAUUGUUGACAGGGGAAUCUAUUCCUCAAACUGGUACAGUUUGGCGUCAUCCUGCUUUACGCAUUGGUUAUGUAGCACAACAUGCUUUCCACCAUUUAGAACAACAUUUGGAAAAGACUCCUAUGGAUUAUUUACAAUGGCGUUAUUCUACGGGUGAAGACAAAGAAGUAUUGGAAAAGGAAACUCGUCAAUGGUCUGAAGAAGAAAGGAAACAAAUGGAAAAACAUAUUGAAAUCAAUGGUGAUAAACGGCAAAUUGAAACUUUGUUAGGUCGUGCCAAACUCAAGAAAACUUUCCAAUAUGAAGUCAAAUGGAGAAACUUACUUCACAAAUACAAUACUUGGAUUUCUCGUGAAAAGCUACUUGAACUUGGAUUCCAAAAAAUGGUACAACAAUUUGAUGAUAAGGAAGCUUCUCGUGAAGGUCUCAUGUAUCGUGAAUUGACUGUACCUGCCAUUCGUCAACAUUUUCAAGAUGUUGGUUUGGAUCCUGAUAUUGCACAAUAUAGUAAAGUGAGUGAAUUAUCUGGUGGUCAAAAAGUCAAGGUGGUAAUUGCAGCAGCUAUGUGGAAUAACUCACAUAUGUUGAUUUUGGAUGAACCUACCAAUUUCUUGGAUCGUGAAGCUUUGGGUGGUCUUGCUGGUGCUAUCAAGAAUUGGGAAGGAGCUGUGGUGAUGAUUUCUCACUCUCAAGAAUUCGUUAGUGCACUUUGCCCUGAAACUUGGACUUUGGAAGCUGGUCGAUUGAAUCGUACUGGCAAGACUGCGGUGGAUGAUGAAAAGCAAGUGGAUGAUGAAAAGGUAAAAGCCAAACUCAGCAAGAAGAAAAAGAAAACUAGAAAUGAAAUCAAGAAACAAGAAGAUCGUCGUCGUGCUCGUCAUCUCAAAUGGUUAAUCGAAGGUGGUGAAAAGGAACCUGACACUGAUAGUGAUUAGAUUAGAUUUUUUUUUUUUUCCAUAUUUCCCUCAUUGACUUCACCAUCGUAUAUAGUUAUUCUCAUUUUAUCUCGUUUUUAAAUUAGAAAGUAUUAUUUUCAUGCAUUUUUACUAGAAAUAAUAAAUUCAUUCAUAGAUUAGAAUCAUUCAUAUAUAUAUAUUCUUCAUAUAUUCUCUUAAUAAUUGUUUACGAUAAGAGAAGUAUGGAUGAACAUAGGUUUUUUCAAUCAUGAUUAUCUAGAUCAACAUUAAAAAAA